AUGGCGGCCCCGUCGGGCUCAGCGCACCUGCGACGCUGCAUGGUUUCGCCGGCUGGGAGGCACAGCGCCUCGCUGAUCUUUCUGCAUGGCUCAGGUGAUUCUGGACAAGGAUUGAGAACGUGGAUCAAGCAAGUUUUAAACCAAGAUUUAACAUUCCAGCACAUAAAAGUUAUCUAUCCAACAGCUCCUCCCAGGCCAUAUACUCCUUUGAAAGGAGGAAUCUCCAAUGUAUGGUUUGACAGACUUAAAAUAUCAAAUGACUGCCCAGAGCACCUUGAAUCAAUUGAUGUAAUGUGCCAGGUGCUUACACAUUUGAUUGAUGAUGAAGUAAAAACUGGCAUCAAGAAGAACAGAAUAUUAGUAGGAGGAUUUUCUAUGGGAGGGUGCAUGGCAAUGCAUUUAGCAUAUAGAAAUCAUCAAGAUGUGGCGGGAGUAUUUGCUCUUUCUAGUUUUCUGAAUAAAACAUCUGCUGUUUACCAGGCUCUUCAGAAAAGUGACGGUGUUCUUCCUGAGUUAUUUCAGUGUCACGGUACUGCAGAUGAGUUAGUUCUGCAUUCUUGGGGUGAAGAGACAAAUUCAAUGUUAAAAUCUCUAGGAGUGAGCACGAAGUUUCAUAGUUUCCCAGGUGUUUACCAUGAGUUAAGCAAAGAGGAGCUAGAGAAACUAAAGUCAUGGAUUCUUACAAAGCUACCGGACUAAAUCAAGAUUGAUGUGUUAAUAUACAAGUAAUGUCUUUAUGAAAA